AUGAGCCAGGUAGAACAGCUCAACCAGGCGAAACAAUUCGUUCAACAAAGCCCUUCCGCUUUCAAUCAAGUUGUACAAAUGGUUGUACCAAUAGCGAUAUCUAGUCAAGAUUUACCAAUUCAACAAUGGUGUACAGAUUUUUUUUAUGAAUUUACUUUACCUGAAAAAAGAGAGAUAUCUUUUUAUCAAAAACAAGAUGCUGCCAUGAUAUUGAUUGGUGCUUUAAAACAAUUAAUUCAUAUAAAAGAUGUUACAAUUUUAAAAAAUAUUAUAUUAACAAUGACAAAUAUUUAUGAAUUAAUUUUAGAUUUAGUUGCAAAAACUUCAAAUCAACAAUUAUGGAAUGAUUUUAUCGAGGUGAAAAAAUUUAUUAUAGAUCAAUGGUCAACUACUUAUCCAUUAAAUUCAUCAAAUAAUAAAGAAAUUGAUGAAACUAAAUCAAUUGGUGUAAAAUUAACAAUAGUGAAAUUUAUCGUUAAAGUAAUUGUUGUUCAAACUCCUACUAAUAACGCUACUAAAGAUCCAAGAAGAGCUAACCAAUUGAAUGGUGGUAGUAGUAAUAAUGAAAUCUCUAUAUCAAACGUAUCAGAUAAUCAUAUAGUUUUAUCGAAAAAUAUUUUAGAUGCUGAAGCUCAAGGUUUAUUAGAUUUAUUAAUUAAUUAUUUAAAUGAUGAAGAAUAUUUAAUUCCACAAAAAUUUAUAUCAAUCUUGAAUGGAUUAAUUAUUAUAAUUCAAAAACGUUAUCAUAUAUUCCAAGGGAAAAUUUUAAAUUCAAUUUUAAAUUUUAAAUUAGAUGAAAAAUUUCAAUUAUCCAAAGAUUCAAAUUUAAAAUUUAAAUUAUCUAAAAGAUAUGUUGAUAGAUAUAUUAAAAAUUUAUUAAAUUAUUGUUCAAGAGCAAAUAUUAUUACUCAAUCAAAUCCAUUAUCUUUAAAAGCUCAAAAAUGGGUUACUUUAAUUGAUACUAAAAUGAAUGAACAAAAAAGAAAAGGUAUCUUGACAGAUUUAAAUGAUGAUGAUCAACCAUUAAGAAAGAAAAUUAAACUAGAAUCAACAACAACUACAACACCUUUAUUAAAUAAUUCAAUGAUUAGUGAUGAUAAUUCUUAUGCUUCACUUUAUAGAUUAAUUGAUUCAAAUAAUGAAUUAACUAAAUUUGAUGUAUCACAAAUUCCAUCAUCAAUUUUAUCAAAUUUAGCUAUUUCAACUUUAUUAAAUACUGAUACUCAAAAAUUAAUUAGUGCUUUAAGUAUAGUAUCUGCAAGAUAUACUGAUUUAAUAAAUAAAUCACAACAAGUACAACAACCACAACCACCUCAACAACAAGUACCACCACCACCUCCACCACCAACUACUGCAACAUCUCAAACUUCAACAAAUUUCACCAAGAAUGAAAUUGAUGAUACAGAAAAAGAUGAUUUAGAUAAUAAUCAAAUUUUAUCACAAAAUGAACAAGAUGAUUCAAAUUUAGAAACUACAUAUACAUUACCAUUACCAAAUUCUCUUUCCCUUGAUGAAAAAAAAAUUCAUUUAAAAUUUAUAAUUGAAAAUUUUUUUAAAAUUUCAAAUUAUAAGAUUGAAGAUAAUACUCCAGAAAAUGCUGGAUUAGAACCUUUAGAUAAUACUUUAAAAAUUAAUAAGAUUGCUAUAACUAAAUGGUCUAAAAAUUCUUGGUUAAUUUUAUUAACAAGAUUAGCAACAAGAGGUCUUGCAUCAACUAACCAAGAAGAAAGUGAAAUUUUAAGUGAUAUAGUUCGUGAAUCUUUAUUUCAAUUUUUUUUAGAAAAUAUUCAUGAACGUAUUGAUAUUAUAAUUGGUUGGUUAAAUGAAGAAUGGUUUGCAGAAUUUAAUAAAAAUUUAGAUGAUGAAUCCCUUACAACAAAUGAUGACAAAAUUCCAAAUUAUUUAAAAUGGACAGGAAAAAUCUUGGAUACAAUGAUUCCAUUUUUAGAAUCAAAUGAUAGGAAAAUUUUCAUUAGAUUAUUAUCUGAUUUACCUUACUUAAAUAAUGAAUUAAUUUUAAAAUUAAAAUCAUUAUGUAUUGAUCCUGAAAGAUCAAGCUUGGGAUUCCAAUCUUUACAAUUUUUAAUAAUGUUUAAACCUCCUGUUAAACAAGGUUGUAUUGAUAUUUUAAAAGAUCUUUAUGAAAAUAAUGAAGAUUUAAAAGAAAGUGCUAAGAAAUUAUUACAAAAAUACGUACCUGGUGAAUAUGAUUGA